CUCUGGGCACAAAUUGGCAAGUGAGAGAAUGUGGACAGAGAAGCUCCUCCGUUGCCAAUCACCACCAAUCCCAUCACCAAUCCUCCACUGUCAUUCUCAUCCCAUCUCCAAACACCGAAGCCUGCAGCCACCAAGAACGAGAACUAGCACAACACCCUCAUUAACGACAUGUCGUAGGAGGUUGUGGACCAUAUCAGCAUCAUCUCUUUCUCAGCCACAACCACUCGACUUAACAGAAGACAACAUCAGACUAGUCCUCGCAGACGCUCGACUCGAGCUUUCCCAGCUCUUUGACGACUCAGUUGGCAUUACAGGACAAGUUCAACUUGCUGAAUUAGAUGGACCCUUUGUGAAGAUUAGUUUGAAAGGUCGGUUUUGGCACAAACGUAGCACAGUUCUUGCCAGACUGGGCAAUUAUCUCAAGCAGAGGAUCCCUGAAAUAUUAGAGGUAGAUAUAGAAGAUGAGAAGCAAUUGGAUGAUAGUCCCGCAAACUUCUAAUCGCUUGUGUUGAUAUGAGGUACCAAGAGGCGCCAGAGUCAGCAGCUGUAAUAUCGCAUGCAUUGCAUUUGCAAGUAACCUAGCUCGGAAGAAUGCCACCGGCGGCGCGGUGGCAUAGCAGAAAGGUCUUGAUCACUCUGUGGCUCUCUCUCAUCCGCCAGAUGUCUAUUCUUUGUGUAUGUAUUUAGUUCUAUAAAAUAGUGAGGUCUUUGACGUGCACGAACCUUCAAGAAUUGUUGACGAGAGCGUGGACUGAUCCUUUUUCCGUUCUACUUAUGGUCCCAGUAAAUUCUUAAAAGUGGCGUUGGAUGGAGGUGUGCAGACACUCCCAAUCCCUUCUAUAGUAGGAAACCUAGCUAGUAAAUAGGAAGAACUAGACUAAAUAACGAGGACUGUGUAUCAGUUGAAAAACUACUAGAUUCUCUCUGAGGUUGUCCUUGUGCUGCUGUGCAAUAGUCACUAAGGGCCCGUUUAGUUCGCUGA